GGCUAGCAAAGUGUCAGCCAUCACUGUCUCUCUCUCUUUCUCUCUCCAUAGCCUGACAUCUCUCUGCAUUUCACCAAGAUGAAUCUGGCAGGGGCCAUCGUGUGUCUGACAUUCUACGUCCACAGGGUUUCAGCUGAAGAUAUUCCGAAUGAGAAGUUGUGCUACAUUCUGGACGCGAUUCUGGGCCUGUACGCACUUACACUUACAGUGAUGUACAUCAGACUCAGGAUGACUUACUCGGGGCCGAAGAAAUCUGGGGCUGCCAAACCAGGCGAGGGCAUUUAUCAGGGUUUGAGCCCCCAUGCCCCGGACACCUAUGAGUCUAUCCAGGUGAAGAAGGUGAAGGCGUGAGGGAUGCGGCCUGCUCAGCCUCCUCUGAUGCCGAACCACAUCGCACUGACCUGUAGAACCACAUCGCACUGACCUGUCGAACCACAUCGCACUCACCUGUCGAUCCACAUCACACUCACCUGUCGAUCCACAUCGCACUCACCAUGUCGAACCACAUCGCACUCACCUGCCGAACCACAUCGCACUCACCUGUCGAACCACAUCGCACACAAUAACAUCCCACAGUGCUAAUCCAACAUUUAGAGAGUAGGGGCCAACUCGGCAACGCUUCACUUUACGGUACAGUUACCAUACAUAUAAUUACUGUGUACUUUCUGGAGAACAGCAGGCUAACAGAGAGAAAUUCACGGUCUCUAACGGGUAAAAAGGGGGAAAUUACAAAGUAAAUACCAUUAAUUGGGUAACAACAGAGUAACAGAGAGAAGUUAGAUGAUUAGAUGGUUAGAAAAUACGCAGUAGUUUCAGAGUAAUUCUUGAGAUAUGUGUAUAUUGUAUUUACUUUGUAAUUACCCCUUUUUACCAGUUAGAUACCAUGUCCUUCUCUCUGCUCCCCUGUUGUUACCCAGAAACUACAAUUACUGUACCUUAAUGUAAAGCGUUACCACCAACUCGAUUUUGUUGAAUCCCACUCUCUCAGUUGUUUAAUUAACUCUGCGAAAUUUCACCGUGCUCCUGCUCUCGGACCUGCCUGACUAUAGAGCUCUCAUAUAACCGCUUCUUCUCACAAUCUGCAUGGCAAUAAUAUAUUUUUUAUUUCAAAAUAGAUUUCGCUGUUGCAGCUAUACUAUUGUGAUAUUUCAUGUCAUAUACCUGUUUCGUAUAGGGAAAUAGGCUUUGGUUGCUUUGCUGAAUUAUUAGAUGUACAAGUUAAAUUAAAACAAUAAUAAUAAUAAUUUAGAGUUCACCUUUUUGUUUGUCUUUCUGGCUGUCAAUGUUUUUUUAAUUCUCUCUCUGUGUGUAAUAGAGCAGGGCACAAGCUUAGGCGGAGGCGUGACACUGUUUAAAUGUCAUCAGGAUUCAAUGUGUUUUUUUUCACCCCAAGGCUAGCAGUUCAAACUGUAAGCAGCAAGGAAUAACACAAAGAGGCACAGACAUGUCAACACAGAUUCACACGCGAAAAGUAAUACACAGACAGACAGUGCAAAAUACUCAGGUGAUGAAACAUUGGGCAAGUCUUUGAGCUAUGAUGUCUGGGCAACGUAAGGUGUUGUUUUUGCACCGUUUAUUACCAUGACACUGUGGUGUAGAGCACUGUUUCCCAACCAGGGGUAUGUGUACCACUAGGGGUACACGAGCACACUGAAGGGGGUAGUUGGAAAAAUGUAAUUUUAACAAAUGCAUGGAGCAUAAUCACACUGGAAUAGAAAAAGCGAUGUAAACACAAGUUCGGGGGCACAACAA